UCGUUCUGUGAUGGAUUUGUGAAAAUGGUGGGCUAUUUAAAUAUCUGAUAGUGUUAUUCGUUAUUCAUGUCGUUCUAUAUACUUAUCCCUGAAUGGGUAACAUGUGCCUGGGUACAAAUACGAGUGCUUUAUUUACCUUUAGCCUCUGUAGUUGGAGUGUGUUGACACUCGAUUGUUUACUCGGGAAAAUUCGCGGAAUUUUAUUAUUUACCCCUUGAAAAAUGUCUUUGGGAGGGUCCACAUUCUUGCGAAAUGCGACGAUGUUGGAGCAACUGCUGGAGGAAAUUAAUUUUCAAAGGACAAAGGAGAUGCGACAGUUGCUUAAAGAUGAUAGCGGCUUUGUAGUGCUACAAGGAACUACAUAUUGGACAGAUCUGUUUGUGCGUCACUUCCUGUUUCAAGAGGAGCAGGCGAUCGACUGCGACGACCUCUUGUUCUUUGUUAGAAAGCGCCACGUGAAGGGAUCCUCUCGAUACCUGCCCAAAUAUGAGACUGACGUCGAGGUAUUCCGCAAGGACUCAAAGAAACUGCCCAUCGGCGACCCGGAAAUCGACUGGGAAGAGACUGUUUACUUGAAUCUGAUUGUACACCAGUUCGACUACACGCUCACGCUGGCCAUUUGCACGCGGACCAGUCCGAAGGAGCUGCAGGUCCUGAAGAGGCACUCGCAGAAGGUGUACGCGUCCCCCAGCCGCCGUAAAAUGGAUACGAAGGGCGAGGGUGAGGAGAUGACGUACCCCCAUAUAUGCUUCAUGGUGGACAACUUCGACGAGGUGUUCUGCGACAUCGUGGUACGCGACGGUGAGAUGGUGUGCGUGGAGCUGGUGGCGCGGGGACGCGGGGGCGCGGGCUCCGCUCAGGCUGUCAUCUUCCUCGGCUCCAUACGGUACGACGCGCUCACCAGGGUCUACGACUCCAGGCAAACGUCGCUGUCGACGAAGGUGGCACAGCGGAUGUCGUUCGGGCUGCUGGGCGGCAAGACGGCGGCUCGGUGCGAAUUCGUGCGCAUGAAGGGCCCCAGCGGCAAGGGACACGCGGAGAUGGCUGUAUCGCGGCCCCACGCCGCUGGAGUCGACACGCCCAGCUCCGAGCCCGGCCUGGCCGCCACCGACAUGUGGGACAGCGAUUGGGAUGAAGAUCCCGAGGAGAUGUUCAUCUAUAGGCAUCAGCGGCGGCUCAGCGACCCGAGUGCGAACUUGAACAACUUCGUGCGUGGCGGAUGGCGCACCCGCGACCCGCGCGACAAGAGCCGCUCCGAGAACGAGGGUCUCGACUCGCUCGCCGGCGGACUCGCGGAGGUGGAGGCCGGCGACCUGCGUGACGAGGAGCGCCGCGGCUCCCAGGCUUCCUCCGUGCGCUGGCGGUGCUGCGGCGCGCGGCUCGGGCCGCGCAUGCGCGACGUGUACGCGCGCGCGCAGCCCGACGUCUCCACGCCCGCCUGCCUCCACGUGGUGUCCCCGCGCCGCGCGCGCCCCUCGCGCCCCGCGCCCCCGCGCCCGCGCCCCCUGCCCGCGCCCUCCUCCUCCGCGCCCGACCUCGAGGUGGCGGCCGACGCGCUCGACGAGCGGGACCGGCCGCCGCCGCCGCCGCCGCCGCCGGACGCGGCCGGCCGGCUGACGGUGCGCGGCCAGGAGGAGCUGCCCAGCGGCGAGGCGGGCUGGCCGGCGGACGAGGGGGGCGGUGCGGGGGGCGCGGAGGGGGGCGGCGGCUGCAACGCAGGCGCCCGCGCGUACGUGACGCUGCCGCGGCGGCGCGGAGUGGGCGCGGCGCUGUUCCGCCGCCGACGGCUGCCGCCGCGCCGCACGACGCCGGACGGAACCGACGUGUACUACUGGUGCGACGUGCCGCGCCGCUCGCCCGCCGAGCUGGACGACGGUGCGUACAACCCGCUGUGGGCGAUGCGCGGGUUCACGCAGACGUUCCACCUGUGGAAGGAAGGCAAGCGGCAGCAGUCGACGCCGCUCAACGCGUUCCUCACCUACGUCACGCUGCCCUGGUGGAGCAUCGCCAAAGACAUCCUGGACCACCGCGAGGAGCCGAUCCUGACGUUCUGAACGAAGUUACAGUUACCAUCCACCGUCAACAUGCGAGCCACGGACGAGCCCCACACGCUGUACUGCGACAUACGGCCAGCUUUUUUUAUAUAUAUACGUAUUAGAUUAAACAAUAGACAAUUUUCUAACAUUGUAUUAAUGUAAUAAACUGAAUACGAUAUUGAAAUCUUAAAGAAAAGAGAUUCCUUCUUAAAAAAAACCGGUAACGUACUUGCAUAAAUAAAAUCGUAUUUUAAACCUUCAAGAAAAGAUAUAUCUUCUAAAAAACCGGUAACGUACUUGC